AUUCAAUAAACUUUAUUGUUUGAUCAUUCUUUAAUUUAUUAAUCAAUAUAAAUAACAAAAUGGCUUUAACUGGUAAUAUUCCGGGUAAAGGAAAAUUAAUUGCAGUGAUCGGAGAUGAGGAUACUUGUGUUGGUUUUCUCCUUGGAAUUGGUGAAGUUAAUCGUGCUAAGAAUCCAAACUUAAAUUUUUUGGUUGUAGAUCGGAACACAGUUACCUCGGAGAUUGAGGACACUUUCCGAGCUUUUCUAAAACGAGGGGAUAUCGAUAUUAUCUUAAUCAACCAAAAUAUAGCCGAAAGAGUUCGUCAUGUGAUUGAUGUUCAUAAAGAUCCUAUUCCUGCUGUUCUCGAAAUACCAUCUAAAGAUAAUCCUUAUGAUCCAUCUAAGGAUUCAAUCAUGAGAAGGGCAAGAGGAGUUCUUGGUGGUGAUUAGUCUACUUUUAUUAUUCAAAAAAUUCUUUAUGUAAAUAUAGAGUUUCUGUGAAAACUGUUUGUUGUUCUCAUAGCGGUACAAGCAGCUACAUUUGUAUUUGUAAGAAAUAUGAUAUUACUUUCGUUUAUCAUGAUAAUGUGUGAUUACUUCUAAUGUAAUAUUUGAGACUUAUCACUGGUUUAUCACAAAAAUUCAAAAGUUUUCUAUAAUAUUGUUAAUUCUGAAACUAAAUGGCUCCUCAUCUUCGUCUUCAUCUUCAUUUUCAUCUUCGUAACCAUCGUCAUCGUCGUCUUGGUUGAACAUGUGUUCUUCUUUCUGGUCAAUUUUAGCUACUUUGGUCUCUUUUUUAAUCGGUUUCAUAAAUCCAGUGAGUUCCCACCAAAUUGGUUUUUUGCUGGUCGUCAUCUUGCAUUCUUUAACUCUCUUGAGCUUGAAAGGAGUAGUCUUGUGUUUGUAAACUUUGUCUAGAAUUGUCAAUCUUUUCACAUCCUGACUCGCAAAAGCUUCAUUGUCAGCUUUAAAGAAUGGGACACCUCUUCGUUCCAUAUCUGCUUUCUCUUUGAUUCGCUAAUCAGAGAAACAAAAAAAAACAAAAUGAGCCAUAAGAUAAUCAAUGUGGUCAAAUUUUAAAAUCAAUAAAUAAUUUAAACUCACCUUGUUGAUAUAA